AUGCAGUUUGACUCGGGAUCAUCUCGAAUAGUCCGACAUGGGAUCAGGACAAACGCAACCCGAGUGAAGAUCUCCAACUCGGACCGCACAUACAGUAGCAAUCUUCAAAUGUACGCUGUUCCUCCUUCAGAACAGAUCAGCAUAGAAGAAUUUGACGAUAUCGCCAUAGAACGAGUAAAGGCUUUGAAGGUUGUCGAAGAUGUAAAAGAGCGAUUUACGUUGGGUAGUAACGAUUUCAUGAAUGCCAUGACUAGGGAGCUUUCGAAAGUGAUGCCGAUCGCCGCAGGAACUUGCUUGCCGGCUGAUUUGGAGCAAGCUAGGCGACGUGACGUCAUUGGACAUUUCAUUUUACGUCUCGCCUUCUGUCGCUCGCCUGAGUCUACAAAAUGGCUCGUUGCUCAGGAAGUGGAUCUCUUCAGAUUUCGUUUCAUGAGUACCACCAAGCCAAAGAUAGUGAAGUUUUUGGAAGAAAAUAAAAUCAAUCUGAAUGUGGUCGAUAAACAGGAACAAGAAGAGCUUAUGGCAGAAUUGGCGGCAGGUUGUGGUAUCAGCAUCGAUCAGGCUGUGGAAGCAGAAUUUUACAAGGUGGACUUCACCCAAGCUCUUGAGCUCGUUCGUCGUCGUCGUGUCUUAGUUCGUCAUGGCUAUGCAUAUGUGCCUUAUAAUGAUCUUAUAGUGAUUGUGAGCGCAAUGCUGCGUCUGAAUAUGACAGCUGCGAUGGCGCGUGCUUUCAAGCAUCUGGCCAUUAUCGAGGAAGAACCUCGUCUGUUGCCACGUUUGGCCCGUCUCACAAACAAUGCUUACAGUGGGAAACAGUAUCUUGGAAAGGAAAGUGAAGGAAAGAUCACUCGACAAAUGAUCGAUCAGCUAUGCGCGACCUCGUUCCCACCUUGCAUGCGGCAGAUUCAUCAUCGCCUUCGAUCUGAUCAUCACCUUAGGCAUGGAGCCAGAAGACAGUACGGUUUGUUCUUGAAAGCGAUUGGUUUAUCCCUUGAUGAGGCAAUGAUGUUCAUGCGGGAAGAAUUCACAAAGAAGAUUGACUCAGACAAGUUCGAGAAACAGUAUGCCUACAAUAUCCGGCACAUGUACGGAAAGGAAGGCCAACGUAAGGACUACCCAGCGUUCCCAUGCAGCGCUAUUAUAUUGAGUAAUCCACCUGCUGUUGGCGAUUGUCAUGGGUGUCCAUUCAAGCACUUGGAACAUCAGUUACUUGCCCAGCGUUUGGAAAAGGAGGGCUUGAACGCUAGUCAAAUCAGUCAGAUAGUGAAUUACUCCAAAUCAAAUGCCUAUGACAAGGCGUGCACUCGCUUUUUCGAGUAUACUCAUAAAAUGGGUGAAGGCGCAUUGGGUCAACUGAUAACCCAUCCAAACAGCUACUACGAGUUAUCACACGAGGUUCUGAGCGGAGCCCGAUCAAAAACUAGCCAUAUCCACCAGGCUUCCUCACAAGUCGUCAAGAAAGAAGAGGAUUUUUCUGAUACAGAAGAGUAAUCUGUCCAACCAAUUAUACAUUGAACGUUCCUUCUCGUGUACCUUAUUUGCUAAAUACGUGUAAUGCUAUGUUCAAACGGUCACACUUUAACCUUCCUUAUAUUAACCAUUUCUUUGUUUAGUCCU